AUGGUGCAGAUGUGGCUGAGGCUACGUCUGUACGCAUUUCCCCCGUUCACUCUGCUCCUGGGAGUUCUGGAGAAAAUAUGCCAGGAAGGGGCCAGCUUAAUACUGGUAGCCCCGUACUGGCCAACCAGAAUAUGGUUCUCGGACCUAGUGUCCCUCUUACAUGGCUCCCCAAUGGAGCUUCCUCUCAGACAGGACCUCCUGUCUCAAGCGGGUGGCACGAUAAUACAUCCUCGCCCAGAACUAUGGAAGUUAUGGGCCUGGCCUCUGAGGGGGCCAGCUAUCUCAGCCUAUCAUGCUCCUCUUGAGGGGGAUUCCUCGGUAGGACGAGACCCCCUCGUUACACACUUUCUCCGUGGCACACUGAGGUUGAGGCCUCCGGUGCGUACAAGAACUCCGGCCUGGGACUUGGCCGUGGUAUUGCAAGGGUUAGCCGAGGCUCCCUUCGAACCACUAGAGGAGGUUCCAGAAAAGUUCCUCACUCUAAAGACUGCCUUCCUACUUGCUAUCACUUCUCUGAAGAAGAUAGGAGAUCUACAAGCACUUUCAGUUGCUCCAUCUUAUCUCGAAUUUGCUCUAGGAAUGGUGAAAGCAUUCCUUCAUGCUAGACUUGGCUAUGUGCCAAAGGUCCCCACCAAUGUCCCAGGGGUUUCUAGUGCUGAUUGGGGUGUGAGUUACAGUCCUUCACACAUCUGUGCACUAAAGAACUCAUCAGUGAUAAUGAAGUGCACUUAUACAUACCCUACUGGAUACUGGAUCAUGAAUGUGUUCUGGACAAAAACAAUGGAAAAAUAUAAUGGAGAGUUUCUAGAUCUGUCUAAGGACCCUGAAUACAGUCAGAGGCUUCAGUAUCUGGGAGAUAAACGGCAGAACUGCACCAUCAGACUGAGUCAUGUGACACUGAAGGAUUCACGCAAGUACUAUUUCAGAUUCACCACUGAUAAACCUGCUGGAAGAUAUACUGGUGUUCCAGGAGUGACUCUUACUGUCACAGAUCCCCCAAAGAGUGUCUCAGUGUCCAUCAGUCCAUCUGGUGAAAUAGUGUCAGGAGAUUCAGUGACUCUGAUCUGCAGCAGUGAUUCAAACCCUCCUGCUCUGAACUUCAGCUGGUUUAAAGGAGGAACGUUUCUAGGAUCUGGAAGAAUCUACAGCAUCUCAAAGAUCAGCUCUGAUGACAGCAAAAAAUAUAAGUGCAAGUCUAUCAAUGAACUUGGAGAGAAAUACUCUGAUGCUGUGACUUUAAACGUCAUGUAUCCUCCCAGGAGCAUCUCAGUGUCCAUCAGUCCAUCUGGUGAAAUAGUGUCAGGAGAUUCAGUGACUCUGAUCUGCAGCAGUGAUUCAAACCCUCCUGCAGAAAUCAGCUGGUUUAAAGGAGGAACGUUUGUAGGAUCUGGAAGAAUCUACAGCAUCUCAAAGAUCAGCUCUGAUGACAGUGGAGAAUACAAGUGCAGAUCCAAAAAUCAACAUGGAGAGAAAUACUCUGAUGCUGUGAUUUUAAACGUCAUGUACCCUCCCAGGAGCAUCUCAGUGUCCAUCAGUCCAUCUGGUGAAAUAGUGUCAGGAGAUUCAGUGACUCUGAUCUGCAGCAGUGAUUCAAACCCUCCUGCUCUGAACUUCAGCUGGUUUAAAGAAGAAAUGUUUGUAGGAUCUGGAAGAAUCUACAGCAUCUCAAAGAUCAGCUCUGAUGACAGUAAAAAAUACAAAUGCAUAUCCAUCAAUGAACAUGGAGAGAAAUACUCUGAACCUGUGACUUUAAACAUCAUGUGUGAGUUAAAAAUGGUUCAGUAACUGUAGUAACCAUCAAAUUAAUAGAUUAACAAUCGCAAAACAUUAAUUUACAUUUUGUU